AUGGAGAUCAGAUUGGCCUUCGACCAGUCGAUAGAAAGCUCUGCACAUCGUUUCCUGGAGCGGAUCGAAACGAAGGAGCUCUACAGGCCCAUCAAGGACUCCGAUGGCCGCACGCGGUGGGCGUUUUCUGCCCGCAAAGACGACUUGACGAAGCUGAGUUGGCUGGCAAAGUUCCAUGCGCAGGAUAUUGAAAGACGUAUUCUGCAACACCCAGACGUACAGAAUGUGCUGGUAGGUGGGGAAGCCCGGCCUGCGCCGUAUGUUAUCGUUCAGGCAAAGGAAGGUGUGCUGGACGGAAAGAGCGAGGUGCAGCUACUUGAUGAGCUUUAUGAUGGCGUGGUUGCUGCCACCAAUAAGGCUGAUCUGAAUGAGAUCAGAAUUCCUAGGGAAACGGUUAUGAUUGCGAAGAAAGAGAAGCCGCUCAAGGUCAGCUUGAAGCAGUUGGUCCAGAGGAAGGCUGUUGAGCAGGACUAUUCGGAGGAAAUUGAGCAAGCAUAUGUGCGGCUGGAGAACAGCAGGAAGCCUUAG